AUGUAGCUCCACGUGUACUUUGGCAUAAAACCAUCCUUUGCCAUCUUGUCCCGACACCUGGAGAAUAAUUUGCCUUCCGCAUUGCUAAAAUAUAUUGCCAUCCAUUUCAAAAAAUUUUUUGUUUGCCGUCUAUUUUAAACAUCAAAAGAAAUCUAAUGAAAAAGAAAAUUAUGAUAAUCGUAGAUAUACCCAUUUCAAACUAAAAAGUUAUUGUUUUUGUAAAUCAGUGAGGUGCCGGAUCGAGCGUUCGAAUCCUGAGCGCGUCGCGUGAUUAUGGUAAAGUUUAAAAUGAAGUUUAACCAUCCAAUUUCAUCCACUGAGAUUUUGCUUGGAUCAAAGUACAACUUUAUUUUAGCAAUACGUGGAUUCCUACGAUCUCGUUAAGGCACUAAACAAUCCAGGAAAUUUCUACCAGCAAAUUGGAACAAGAUGUCGGGAGUGGAUACACGUGGCACUGACAAAAGCCCCACUGGGCAGCCUAGGCAGAUCAGAACGCACAGCGUUGGAUUACCAACUCGGACAUCUCUACUUGCGGAACCACCACCUAACGGAAAUGACGGAGCACCACCAAUUCCUCGCCGGCAUUCCGCUACCCCCACGGUAGCGCCUCCACCGAUACCCCUGAGGCCCCCCGCGAUUCCAAAGAGGAGAAAAAAUGAGCGACCACUUCUCCCUGCUCAAAAAAUCAUCAGCCGACAAGAGGACAAAAAAAACUCGAGUCAGUGCAACGACUCAAAGUCUGCGACACUAUUGGAACCACUGAUGAUGCAGCCCUGGUAUAAUCUUGGGACGGAAAGUGGAAAGCUGAUCAACAUCGAGACGCCAAAGAUUGAUCGUGUCCGCUCGAGGAAUUCUUCGAGAUUGGAACAGAGGAACUUCGUUGUGGAUUUCGAUAAGGUCGAUUUCAGCAAGGCCCUUAAGGACCGUUCGAGCUUCGAGGAACUUCAGCAGGCUUCGAGGGAUCUUGAGAAGAUCGUGAGGAACACAGAGUCGAACAUCGGGGAACUUCGAGGAGUUUCAGUUGAUAAACGCCAGGAACAAAGUUUGUCAAUGCAAAAGGGCAGAGCGCAGAAAGAGGGGUUGAAGUUUGUAGAUGGGAAUGAGGCACUGAAGGAAGAAGGUUUCUCGCAAGAUAAGGUCUUCCAGGGUGGAGAAAUAAAUUUCGAGAACAUUUCUUCCAUUGGCAGAAGUCGUCAAGAGAUGGAGAAACAUUCUAAGUUCGAGGAACUUGAAGCUGCCUCCCGAAACCUGGAAAAACACCUUCUAGAAAGAUCGAAUGCUUAUCAAGUAGGGGAUCUGACAGUGGAUGAUUCUCAUAGGAUUCGAGGAAUUGAAAGACACUUCCAGGAGAAGCCUUCGAAGCUCGAGGAACUACAGAAGGCUUCUCAUGAGCUAGAAAGGAGACUUCAAGAAAGGACUAUCACUGCAAUUGAGAAAUCAUGGAGGGUAAAGUACGAAGCUGAAAUGGAGAAGGCUCGAAACAUGAUGCAGAACAAUUUGAGAAAAGAGAAGAACACUAAUGAGAGACUAGAGAAGUUACCUAAGGCUACUCAGACCAAUCUACCACCACCUCUUAGUUCUAUUUGUCAGAGUUCGGUUCCGAAGCCCAUCAGCAUCCGACAAGAUAGCAAUGUAUCUUCAGACAGUUUUAGUCAGACCAGCUCUCCAAGUUACACCAGCAAAACUAUGGAAGCACCAUUGCUACCACAUAAACAAACAAAUGGAAAAGUUCCAGGCAGAGCAUUGGCACCCGAAUCAGAAAAUCCUCCAGGAAGCCCAAUCACGAAAUCCAUGAGCACUCCAGCUAGUUUGCAAACCAUCGUCAGAUUUCAUACUGGCAGUAAUAUGUCAUUACACCACAGGAUCAUUAGAGAUAUAAGAAGACCCAGUAGCCACUAUGUGACUUCGGGAAGACUUCGGUUCAGGUUUGCUCAAGUUCUUGCGAACGCCCUGGCAUUAAUGAUCAUUGCUGGAGGCUUAGCAGCUUAUUUCAAAAGUUAUCCUGGAAAUAGAACAAGUAACAUAUAUUCCAAGACCGGAAAUGUAAUGGUACCUCAGUCAAUUAAACCUACCACAGAAGAAAAAAAUCCAUCUCCUGGUGUGUGCCUGCCAGUUAUCGUCAACUUUUGCCAAUAUCACAAGAUUCCGUACAAUUUUACCAUGUUCCCAAAUUUUAUGGGUAAUUUUGGUCAACGCGAGGCUCAACACGAAUUGGAACUUUACGAUGCGGUUGUCGAUGUAAGGUGUUACGAGCUUGCAGCCUUGUUUCUCUGCACUGUUUUUGUGCCGAAAUGUGGCCCUGGGGGCAAUUUAAUACGACCUUGUCGCAGUCUCUGUUUUCAGACAAAGAGACGCUGUGGCUUCUUUCUUGAAGUUUUUGGCCUAACUUUGCCGGACUACAUGGAAUGCGAUUUGUUUCCGGAAAAUCCUGACCAAGACGUGUGCGUGGGAUAUAACGAGGUGCUUGAAGCAGCAAAAAGAGCUGAGAGACCCGUAUGCAUAGAUGGUUUUCAAUGCGACUCAACUCGAUGUAUUCCUGUUGACUGGAGAUGCGAUGGACACGUGGAUUGUGCUGAUAAGUCAGACGAGAUUGACUGUGGCGAAUGUAGUGAGAAGAGAAAAAUUAUAUCAACAUACAAUAAGAAAUGGAAAAAGGAAAAUUUAGGAAACUCUAAUCUGGAGCUACCAGCUCUUCAUUGUGGGGAAAAAAGAUGUAUGUCGCCUUCUCACGUUUGUGAUGGAUUCAUGGAUUGCCCCUGGGGCCAGGACGAACGCAAUUGCUUGAGACUGAGCACAAGAAAUGGUGACAUUGGCAGAGGAAGACUUGAAGUUUAUCAUGCAGAAAAUGGACAUUAUCUACCCGCUUGCAUCAAGCAUUGGGAAUCAAAUUCGGCUGAGACAAUUUGUUCUAUGUUGGGAUAUAAAAUCGCGAAUUCGUCAUUCCUUUAUCUGAAGGGUAGCAAUGAUUCUCUUAUGGAGUCAAAGCUAGAAACUUCCCAACAAUGGAGGCAGGAUCAAAACACCAAAGUGAACCUGCUGAAAGAAUUUCAUCAAUGUGAAGAUCGAAAGAUUUACCCGAGCGUUGAGCUAUCUUGCUCUCAAUACGAGUGCGGUAGGAGGAAAUCCUUUUUCGGUCAUUCGAAAAUCAGGACGAGAAUCGUGGGAGGCGUUGAAGCUGCUCCAGGGGAUUGGCCUUUUCUUGCUGCGCUUCUGGGAGGUCCGGAACAAGUUUUUUACUGUGCAGGUGUCCUCAUAUCAGACCAAUGGAUUCUCACUGCUUCCCAUUGUGUAGGAAAGACGAAAUCUGGUAGUUUUAGUCACUCGGAAGUCUCGGGAUGGACAAUUCAAUUGGGGAUCACCAGGAGAUAUGCUCAUACCUACCUCGGCCAAAAGCUCAAAGUCAAGAGAGUUGUACCUCAUCCUAAUUACAACUUGGGAGUGGCUCAUGACAACGAUGUUGCUCUAUUUCAGUUGGAAAAUCGAGUGCAGUUUCAUGAUCAUCUGAGGCCGGUUUGCUUGCCUACAUCCACUACCGAAUUAAAACCAAGAACAGUUUGCACCGUGAUUGGUUGGGGCAAAAAGAAAGAUGCCGAAACUUCUGAGUAUGAGCCUGCUGUAAAUGAAGUCGAAGUUCCAAUUUUGGAGAGGGAAAUCUGUAAUUUGUGGCUCGAGCAUAAAGAACUCAACGUAACUGAUGGUAUGAUUUGUGCCGGUUAUCCCGAUGGUGGAAAAGACGCGUGCCAGGGGGAUUCUGGUGGUCCAUUACUCUGUCAAGAUGAAGAAGACAAGGACAGAUGGUUCGUUGGUGGAAUUGUCAGCUGGGGAAUCAAAUGCGCUCAUCCGAAAUUGCCUGGAGUUUAUGCUUAUGUACCAAAAUACGUGCCCUGGAUUCAUAGGCAGAUUGCUAAAUAUUCGGACAAUGAUGCAGGAUAACAAAGGGAGUUCAUAAGGAACUUCGCAUUGAAGAAGUGGAAGGAAAAUGAAUAUCCGAGAAAAACUCGUUAAGUCAAACUUCAAGACUCAGGAAGAAGCUUCGACGCAAAAUGGAUAAAAGAAAUAUCAACCAAUCAAGAGUCUGAGACUUCGAAGGCAAGAAAUCAUUAACGUCGAACUUUCAAGGGUGGCACUGUUUUUUCUAUAUAUAAAAAAAGACAAAUUCUUUUUGGAUUGGCGCAAUUUUUUAAAAAAUAUUUUUCAAACCUGUCAAUUUCAUCAGUACAUAUCGAAAUUGGCUCAGUUCCUUUGCAAAAGUUUCUUCUUAAGAGAGGGUGGAUUUGAUCAAAUUCAGGAUGCAAAUUUCUAAUAUCCAAAUGACAAUCGUAGCCGACAAAUUUUAGACAGGAGGAAAUAAAGAAACGUGUGUUAUACAGAAUUGUAUAAAUAAUAUAUGGCUACACGUUAUUAAACGUACAUGUGAAUAAUAUUUUAAAACUUGUCAGUGCUGCCGAAUUUUUGAAAAUUUUUUAUUAACUACCUUCUUUAAGAAAAAUAAUAUUUUAAUUAUAGAGAGCAAACAACUAAUUUUAUAAAACACAUUUUUUUCAUUAUUAUAGUACUUGGAAAAAUAUUUAGGUAUGAGUUAAUACAAAAAUGUCAAAAAUUUACUCAAGUUCAUGAAAGAGUGGAUGUUUCAGAAUUUUUAUCCAAUACUGAGUUUGAUAUAUCCUGAAGAGAACUUAUAAAAACGACUUUAUACGUAUAAGAUGAGCAACAAGAGAAGUCAAUUUUUCUAUAUCAUGGACUUAAGAAACGUGUCCUUUUACAAUACUCAAAAUCGAUGCUGCGUCAGACGCAAAAAAAAAUUAAAUUUUAGGUGGUGGUAAUGGAAGAGAAGAAUUCUAUGGUAGAGAUAGAAAUAUGAAACACAAAACAGAAGGUCUUAAGACAAUAUAUGGCAAAAUUGCUAACGAAGUGCAAUGAAUAUUAUAUAGAUAAUGUCCUGUGGUAUUUUAUAUACAGAAUAAAGAUAUAAUUUAAAAAGCGAAAAGCUUCAAUACGAAUUUUGUAGACAAUACUAUUUUUAUUAUUAUAAAGGAAAAAUCAUCGCUCUUGAGUUGGUAAAAUUUAUAUUCUGAAUAAGAAGGCAUGGGUAGAUCAGCAUGGGUUUUGUUAUUCUUAUCAAAAUAGAAGAGGGUAAAAAAAUUGUAAAAAAAAGGAGCUAAUUCAACUAGCGUCGCGUUAUUUUUUGUGUAUUUUGCUGCGACGACAAAUCGCAUUUAGUGCGUAGUAGUUUUACGACUAUAAUGAAAUAAGUGGAAACAUAUAGUAAGAUAAUGGCCCGAUAAUAUCUUUGUAUUUCUAUAGCAAAGUUCAAAUUGAGAUUCUUUAUAUAUAUUUUGGAUUUUUUAUUACAUUUUCAGAGAAUCAAUUGAUUAUUUAUUCUCUGUAAUGUUGAGACCAUGUCAUAAUCAUGCGAUUCCCACUUUGUCAACAUUCUUUUGGAAUUAAAUAUAAGGUACUAAAGAACGUUUGUAUGGUACUAAAUUUUGUAAAUUGGAAAAAAUGUAUUUCGAAACAAAUUUUCUUUCUGAUUCUAACAUUUUCGGACCAUACAAACGUCUUUUAGUAACCUUUCCUUAAUUUCCCAUAUGAGUUGUUCCAAACAAAUGUUAGAAAGAUAAGAAUCGGGUAAAUAUGGCAUGCCCUUAUUGUAAACAUUUUGUAAUUAAAUUUUUGUGCUUUAGUGAAAAAGAAUACUAAUCUUUCUGAAAUAUUCAUGAAAAGUUUGAAUUUUGAAAUAUAAUUUUAGCUUUUUUGGACAUUUCACAAAGUCUGUAAGGUUUUAUUUUU